UUCAGAGUUAAGUGGGAAUGUGCCUUGCCUGACAGCUGUUGCUAUGACUCAUGCUUUCUCCCUGCCCUUUUGAUUGCAGUCUGACGCAGAUCAGAGACUUUCAUGUGACAUCAUUGCCUUCAUCAUUUGCACAUGGAAGUAAUUAAUCCGGCCGGUGCUGACUGCUGCUGCUGUGCUCCCAUUGACAGGCAGAGGUCAAUGCACCACGCUCCUUGAAAUCACACAACACCCGGCAUGCACUCUGUUACAUUAUAAACCUUUCAUGCAUUUGCCGAACAAUUCUACCAUCGACCAAAAAACUACACAGACAUCUGGGAGGCACAGUGGUGCAGCGAGUAGAGCUGCUGCCUCACGGCGCCAGAGACCUGGGUUCGAUCCUGACCUUGGGUGUUUCCUGUGUGGAGUUUGCAUGUACCUCCAGUGACCAUGUGGGUUUCUUCUGGGAGUUCUGGCUUCCUCCCACAUCUCAAAGACAUGCGGGUUUGUAGAUUAAUUGGCCUCCAUAAAUUUCCCUAUUGGUGUAUGGAGAGUGGAUGCGAAAGUGGGAUAGUGUAGAAUUAGUUCAAAUGGGUGAUCGGUGGUCAGCAUAGACUCAAUGGGCCAAAGGGCCUGUUUCCAUGUUGUAUCUCAAUCAAGUUAAAACAAAGCUAGUCGCAGAAGAGGGGGCAUAUUGAUGAAAAGGAACAUUAAAUGUGGUUUAAUAUUGAAUUAACAUGUGAUUAAAUAUUUAAUUAACAAAAAGACAUUAAGACUAUUAAAAAAAGCACAGUGUGUGACUCAAUCGGUCUAUUAUUCUUUCCAAAAGAUGGCUCUAACUUUCUCCAGAGUUUGUUCCACCAUUGAGUUUGGGCUGAUGGACUUGUAAUUAUCUGGCUUUCUGGGAUAGGUAUCUUGCAUGUUUGAAGCAAGUCUACAUUCUUAUGAGUAGACAGACACAAAGUAUUGGGGGUCAGGCAGCAUCUCUGGAGAAAAAAUAUAGGUGACCUUUCAGGUCGGGACUUUUCCUCAGACUGGAAGUAGACAGUGGGGGGUGAGGAGCUGGAGGCAAGAAAAGACCUGGACCAACAGGGAUUGCCAUGUUGACUGCAAGCCCCAGUCACAAAUGCCCGCAGGCCCUGAUUGAUCUUGGUCUUUUCACGCCUCCAGUUCCCCCCCCCCCUUAGCGUGCAAUCCAAACUAAUCUAACAGUCAUAGUCAUACAGCACUGAAACAGGCCCUUUGGCCCAACUCAUCCAUGUUAACCAAGAUGCCCCAUUUAAACUAGUCCCAUUUGCCUGUGUUUGACCCAUACCCCUCUAAACCCUUCCUAUCCAAGUACCCUGUCCAAAUGUCAUUUAAAUGUUGUUAUAGUACCUGCCUCAACCAACUCCGCUGGCAGCUCGUUCCUUUCACCCACCACCCUCUCUGUGCAAAGGUUGCCCCUCAGGUUGCUAUUAAAUCUUUCCCCUCAACUUAAACCUAUGUCCUCUGGGAUUAGAUUCCAUAUAGUAUAGUCUGUGCAAGUGUUACGUAACUAACUGAACACUUGUCUACUGUCCAGGUAUGAAUGCAGCUUUGACGUUGAACAUAAUCUCCGGGGACGCCAAUGGAGAUUUUACAAUUGAUGAAAGCGCUGUACUCCGGGUUGGACAGAUGUUAGAUCGAGAACGCCAGUCUACUUAUAGUUUAACAGUUCAAGCUAUUGACCAGGCUCCGUGUGACUCGGUGCGUUUCAGAAGUAGUGCAUGGAUCAUGGUGGAGCUCCUUGAUGUGAACGACAAUGCUCCCACGUUCUUGCCUUUGAAUACUGUCUACCUUCCCGAAGACGUUUCUACUGAUACCGUGGUAAUGACAGUGAAGGCCGUGGAUGGAGACAGCGGGCUCAAUGGCCACAUUGAAUACUCUCUCACACAAUCUCCAGAGUGCAAGUUCAGCAUCAACACCACAAGUGGCGAAGUGAGCGUGAUUGGAGACCUUGAUCGAGAAUUAGUGGAACGGGUUACAAUAGAAGUGACUGCAUCAGAUAAAGGCCAGCCACCACUCUCCUCCUCCUUAUGCAUUAGAGCAAUUAUUACUGACGUCAAUGAUAACAGCCCCGUCUUCAGUCAAACCACUUAUACAGUCACAGAGGAUGAAAACAUACCUCCUGGCUCUGAAUUACUGGCUGUUUCAGCUACUGACCUCGAUGAAGGGAGAAAUGGGCAGGUUCGAUAUACAACAAGCAGCAAGCACUUUGCCAUUGAUUCUGUUACUGGGUUAAUCUCAUUGUUCAGGAAUCUAGAUCGUGAACAAAUACCGAUCUAUUCUUUUGUGGUUUUUGCAACGGAUGAUGGAUCCAGUCCCAGGUCAGGAACAGCCUCCGUCAAGGUUGUUCUCAGGGAUGUCAAUGACUUUGUACCGAUCUUCCAGCCCGCCACAAUGUCCCUACAUAUCCUGGAGAAUAUAAAUAAAGUUCCACAAGUCGUAUAUCAGUUGCUCGGCCUUGACGAUGACUUGGAUUCCAACAGUGAACUGACUUACAAGAUAUCACGAGGAAAUGAAGAGGGCAAGUUUUCACUUUCAACAAACGGAGAACUCAGGCUGGUGCAGAUCCUCGACAGAGAGGUUCAGGGGGAAUACACGUUGCUGGUGACUGCCACAGAUGCAGGUGAGCCACCACUGACUGGGACUGGAACAAUCAUAAUAAUUGUUAAAGACCUCAAUGAUAACAGUCCUCUAUUUGAACAAAAUCUGUACACAACCACCAUCAGUGAAGCCACCUCCACUGGUACAGUGAUUUUACAGGUCAAGGCUUCGGAUGCAGAUGCUGAAGAGAAUGGGCAAAUCAGUUACUCAAUGGAAGGGGAGGAUUCUCCAUUCUCCAUUGACCCUGUCAGUGGAGAAAUGAUCACAAUCUCCACUUUGGACAGAGAAGUUCGAGGAGAUUAUACGCUGCUUGUUGUAGCUAAUGACCAAAGUCACACACAGCGCUCAACGAGUUCGGCAUCUGUGGUGGUCAUAAUACAAGAUGUUAACGAUAACCCACCUGAAUUUCUGGAUGACCCAUAUGUUGCUAAUGUCCCUGCUGUUCUAAAGAGAGGGUCAACUGUUUAUGCGGUAACUGCAAGAGACAGAGAUGUUGGAGGAAACGCUGACCUGCGCUUUUCUUUAUUUGGUCCAAAUGCCAACAAGUUUGAAAUUGACCCACUCCGUGGUGUGGUUUUUGCACGGCACAUUUUGAAAGAUCCAAUGGACAUCACAGUCAACGUUAACGUGUCAGAUAGCAGAGAAGAUCCAAAAAUGGACAGUACAACCAUCACAGUGAGAUUUCAACGCACCACUGACUUCCCCCAAGUAUCUGUGGACAAAGAAGUGCUUGUCUACCCAGAAAAUCAAGCAGUGGACACAGUGAUUGCUCAAGUCAGUGCCUUAAGCAACGAGAAAGAAGCAGUUAGGUCUAUUUCCUUUUAUCUUGCAGCGGGCAACUUGGGAGAUGUAUUUCAAGUCAACCAAUUAACAGGAGAAGUGAUUAUUAAAAGGACUCUGGAUUUUGAGUUUGCAAAACAGUACCAGCUUUGGAUAGAAGCCAGGGAUUCAAGUUCACCACCAUUUUCAUCUUAUGUCAGAGUAGAUGUCAAUGUUACAGAUACAAACGACAAUUUUCCUACAUUUAAGCAGAACAUCUACAAAUGUGAUGUCUAUGAGAAUGUGCCAGCCAGCAAAGUCUGCAAUGUGUCUGCUGUUGAUUCAGAUUCUUCUCUGAAUGGAUUGUUAGAAUACAGUAUUUACGAUGGCAAUGUUAACAAUGCAUUUAACAUCAAUAGGUCCACUGGAGUCAUCAGAACUGUUAGGAUGUUGGAUAGGGAACAGCUGGCAUUAUAUACAUUAAUAGUUGAAGCAAAAGAUAAAGGAGACAGCCCAAAGACGAGUACAGCAACGAUCUUUAUUUCCGUCCUGGACAUAAAUGAUAACGCCCCUCGCUUUUCACAAAUUUUCCUUGCACAAGUUGUUGAAAAUGCUCCAGUCGGUUUUACAAUUGCACGCAUUAGUACCACGGAUGACGAUAUUGGUGUGAAUGCUAGAAGCACCUACGGUAUCUUGGAUCACACAGCGACUCUGCCCUUUGACAUAGAUCCAUGUACCGGGGAUUUAACUGUGGCUAGGGCACUGGACAGAGAGACCACAGAUCGGUACGUUUUAAGAGUGCAUGCUAAUGAUUCGUCUUGGGAUGUCAACACAGACGUGACGAUAGUUGUUGCUGAUAUGAAUGACAACACACCACAAUUUACCGAGGCAUCCUAUAGCAUGACAAUUCCGGAGCCUGCAGAAAAAGAAACGUUUGUUCUACAGGUAUCUGCCACUGACCCUGAUCUGAAUUGCAAUGGAAAGAUUUUCUACUUUCUUAAGCAUCCAAAUGAAUUCUUCAGAAUUAACGCCAGCACUGGCAAAAUCUUCACUAAGUCAUUUAUUCCGUUAAACAACACAGACCACAGCGGCACUUCCCAGAACAGAAUUACGUUUAUUGUGGUUGCCUCAGACCUUGGUGAGCUACCUUCUCUCAGUGAGACCGUUGUGGACAUUACAAUUGUCAAUCGCAAUGAUUAUCCACCCAUAUUUUUACCACACAGACAGAUGAUUCCAGUUCCUGUAAAUUUAGCUUUAGGUACCAGGGUGACCAAACUGAUCAUUGGUGAUAAAGAUUCAAAUGGAGACGGGGAGUAUUUUAUUACCGAGAAUGGUGGCUCAUUCCUUUUUGGCGUUGAACAGUCCAGCGGGUGGAUUUUUGUGACUAACACUCUCACUUCAAGUUUGAAUAAGGUAUUCACCCUAACAGUAACAGCAACUGAUUAUGGAAUUCCACCUCUCUCCUCUAAUACUACAAUCAACUUCGUCAUCACAGGCAAAAAUAUAUUUACUCCACAAUUUUACACUUUAGAAGAAAGUUUAUACAUUCCUGAAGACCAGCCCAUUGGUUCUGUAAUUAGUAACAUUACAGCAUCUGAUUCUGAUGAAGGGAUAAAUGGCCAAGUUACAUACUCAAUAAUGGCUGGAAAUGAAGGAGGGUAUUUUGCCGUUGGAAACACGACAGGGCUGUUAACUUUGGUUCGAAGUUUAGAUUUUGAGAUGGAGUCUGUUUAUCGCCUUCGGAUUUACGGCCUAGAUGGUGGAUGGAUUUCAAAGACUGGCUCUAUCGAAGUUAGUAUCUUUGUUCAAGAUGUCAAUGACAAUCCCCCAGUAUUUUGUCAGAAAGUAUUUUUUGCAACAAUUGCAGAAAACUCCCCGUGUGGCUCCACAAUCCUUAAACUAAAUGCAACAGACAAUGACACGGGAAUUCAUGCUGAGAUGAGCUACGCUAUUGAAGAUGGCGACACAGAACUCUUUUCCAUAGAUCCACAAAUUGGAAUAAUUACUGUGCAAGAAAUUUUAAAUUUUGAAUCGGUUAAGUUCUAUGAACUAGCCAUCAGAGUGUUUAACAGAUAUGACAGGGAUCAAUUCAGUCUGAGUAAAGUGUACGUUUAUGUCACAGGACUGAAUGAGUAUAUUCCACACUUCAGUAAAGCACAGUAUAAUUUUGUCAUUUCAGAGAAAGCAGUUAAAGGAACUAUUGUAGGCAGUGUAACAGCAUCCGAUCUUGAUCUUGGUCUCGAAGGUGUGGUUUACUACAUACUGGUAGGAGAAAGCAAGAAGAAAGGUUUUCAGAUCGUUGACAACACUGGAGAGAUUGUUGUGUCGGAUAACACAAAACUUCUCGGUCCGAGCCACGUUCUCCUGAGAGUACUUGCUAAGAAUUCUGGAAGGAUACUUGGCUUUGAUGUGGAUGAAGCACUAAUUAAUGUUGCUAUUCUCAGUGUAAAUGAUGCUCCAGUAUUUCAGUCUGCUCUCUAUCAAGCCCAUAUCAGAGAAGAUGCACCAGCUGGUACAUCUGUCUUUAGCCUUAUGGAUGAUGAUUCAGACAUCAUUGUAAAGUGGAAUCAGCUUGAGUUUAAAAUUGAAGAUGUACACAUAAAUAAUUUGUUUUCUAUCAAUUCUAACACUGGUGAAAUAUUUGUUGUGUCUUCCCUGGACAGGGAAACAGUGCCAUCUUACAACAUGACCAUUAUUGCAGUUGAUACAAGAGGUGGCCAAACACUAGGUAGAACACAAUUGGUGAUUGUUGUUGUUGACGUCAAUGAUAAUAGUCCUGUCCUUGUCAGUACAGAAGGGCAUGUAUUGGAGAAUCAACCUAUUGGCACAAAAUUUGGUUCACUUAAUGCCAUUGAUCUGGAUUCACCUCCCAACCAGGGACCUUUCUACUACCAGCUAGCAGAUAGCAACAGUAGCAGCUUUGUUACAUUGUCUCCAGCUGGUGUGUUGUCCACCAAGAUAAUGUUUGACAGAGAAUGUGUUAGUGAUCUCUUUUUGCCCAUCAUUGUGCAAGAUUCUGGAAACCCCUCAAUGUCCUCAGUGAGUAUAUUUCACGUCCGAAUUCUAGACCAAAAUGAUAAUCCUCCUCGGCCUAGAAAUAUUCAUAUUCAAGUCAAUUACUUUGGUGACUAUUUCCCUGGUGGUUUCAUAGGUAGUGUGAAGCCAGAAGAUCCAGACGUGUGUGAUAGAUUUAACUGCCACAUAGUCACCAAUGCCACCGCCAGCUUUGCUGUGGCAGGAGACGCCUGCAAAUUGUUAUCUGGGAAGCUAAUCCACGAAGAGGAAUUUAACCUUACAAUUAAGGCCAGUGACAAAGUUCACCACAGUGUCUCCAACAGCAUUUACAUAAGAUACAGACAUUUUAACAAUGCCACAAUUGAUAGCAGUGUCUUCCUUCUCAUCACACUCCCCAUUGAAGAGUUUCUGGAUAGGAAAUAUCUACGUUUGGUUGAGACUAUUGAUGAGCUCCUGAGCCAAAAUAACACAAAGCUCCAUGUCUUUGGGAUGAUGCCACUGAAUAAUCAAGUUCUCCUGAUGGCAGCUAUUAAAUGCAGCAGUGGGCUGCAUGUUUCCAGGAAGGCAGUGAUAGAUCUCUUCACCAUUCACAGAGAAUGGCUCAGGACUCAGAUUGGAAUCCCCAUUUCUGCAAUAGGUUUUGACCCUUGCUUAACAACUCCAUGUCGCCGAGGUGUUGCCUGCACAAAGCAGACUUCUGUCAGCAUAGACACUGUUGUUCUGGAAAGUUCUUCGGUCAUUUUUCAGACUCAUGUUCUAUUGGAACCGUUCCGGUGUCUCUGCCCAGAGGGUCAGCUGUACAGGUUGGACUUUGACGAAUGCCCAACUACACCAUGUGAUGGCCAUGGUACUGGCUUAAACUGCCCAAUAGGAUUUUUUUGUUCCCAUUCAGAAGGCAGAGCAGGAUCCAACUGUGAAAAGGACAUAAAUCACUGCCAACAAGACACGUGCCAGAAUGGAGCUACUUGCCUGAACCCGCCAGGGGGUUUUCAAUGUAAAUACCCACCAAAUUGCACAGGUACUAGUGGGAAUCAAUGUGACGCAAGCAGCCUUGGAUUUGAAGAACUCUCUUACAUGGAACUUCCUUGCCUUGAUCCCCAAAACAAUACAAUUUAUGUAGAAUUUGCCACAAUAAAAGAAAAUGCUCUCCUCCUGUAUAAUUAUGACAACAAUGAAGGUCCAGAGGGGGAAUUUCUUGCACUGGAAAUAGUGAACGGUAAAAUGGAAUUUGCUUACAAUCUCGGAGAUGGAACUGUUAGAUUGCAAAGUACUCAGCAAAUAGCUGACGGAAACCUCCACGCUGUGCUUGCAACUAGAAUAGGCAAGGUAAGACCAUUCCACGCAUGUUAUACCUAUCCACCUCCAACUUACUAUUCAAAAACACUUACUUCUGUGGGUGCUUCCUAUGUGAAUCUGUUGCCGAGGAUUUUCCUCAUAAUUUUAAAACACUUUCACCCCAAUAUUAACAAUAUUAACAUUCAUUUUGAGUCAUACGGCAUGGAAACAGGCCCUUCAGCCCAACUCGCC